GUUUUGCUUUGUUCUCCCUCUUCUCUACCCUCCAUUUUCCCCUUCACCUUUAGGAAACUAGCAGGAUGCACUCUGUUCAUCACAGGCGCAAGCCGAGGCAUUGGCAAGGCCAUUGCUUUGAAAGCUGCCAAGGAUGGUGCAAACAUUGUGAUUGCUGCCAAGACAGCGGAGCCCCACCCUAAACUCCCUGGGACUAUUUACACUGCAGCAGCAGAGAUUGAAGCGGCUGGAGGAAAGGCUUUGCCAUGCAUCGUUAAUGUGAGGGAAGAACAGCAAAUUAUUAAUGCCGUGGAGAAAGCAGUGAAGACUUUUGGAGGGAUUGAUAUUUUGGUGAACAAUGCAAGCGCCAUCUCUUUGACUGGCACUUUGGAAACAGAUACGAAGAAAAUGAAUCUUAUGAUGGAUGUCAAUGUACGAGGAACCUAUCUUGCGUCUAAAACAUGCCUUCCUUACUUGAGGAAGAGUAGGAACCCCCAUAUCCUGAACCUUAGCCCACCUAUGAAUCUGAAUCCCAUGUGGUUCAAAAAUCAUUGUGCUUAUACCAUUUCGAAAUACGGGAUGUCCAUGUGUGUCUUGGGAAUGGCAGAAGAAUUUAGAGGAGAAGUUGCUGUCAAUGCUUUAUGGCCUAAAACAGCCAUACAUACAGCUGCUAUGGAUAUGCUGGGAGGAUCUGGAAUAGAAAAACAGUGCAGGAAAACGGACAUCCUUGCUGAUGCUGCAUACUGCAUUUUAACAAAACCAAAAAGUUUCACUGGAAACUUUAUUAUUGAUGAAGUUCUGCUGAGAGAAGAAGGAGUUAAGGACUUUGAUGUCUAUGCAGUUGCACCAGGUCACCCGCUGAUACCUGACUUCUUCUUAGAUGUUGAAAUUGACACAACAACAAUGAAACAAGAAAGAUACG